GAAAACCGCCAGUCGCGUUCAAAUACAGAUGGAGUCAACAAUAAAUAAUUUCAAUUGAUCCAUUUACAAGAAAGGAACGCGGUGAAAAUUUUAAAACAAGGCUCCAAAGUGAAUAUAUCUGAAAUUUACAAUAACAAUAAUUCACAAUGGCGUGCAAUUUGAUGCAAUCGAGGGCAUCGGUCGAUGUAAAAAAUUCCGAUACCCAAUCUGAGGUUUCAGAAAGCGGGACUUGUACUUCUGGAUGGAAUUCAAACUGGGACUCUAGGGAAGAACUUCAGGAUUUCGUCAAUAAAAUUGGACUGAACGACGUGUCGGACUUGUAUCAGGACAGAUUUAAAGUCGACAGAAAAAAAUUGGAACAAAUGCUAAGCGGCGACAAUGAAGCACUUAUUCCAGCUGAUGUAUUUUUCGAGAAGGUGAUGGAGGAUACAGACACUUUCAUAAGAUGGCCAAAUAAGUUGAAGAUAGGAGCGAAAUCAAAGAAGGAUCCCCAUGUUAGGAUAGCUGGACGUCCAGACGAUGUUGCAGCUGCUAAAGAGAGAAUAAUGACAAUUCUGGAUACGAGGUGUAAUCGCAUCACGAUGAAAAUGGAUGUAAGCUACACCGAUCACUCUCACAUUAUUGGUAAGGGAGGCUACACAAUCAAACGAGUUAUGGAGGAGACCCAGUGCCACGUUCAUUUCCCUGACUCCAACCGAUCCAACCCAACAGAGAAGAGUAACCAGGUCUCAAUAUCCGGGGACAUAGAGGGAGCUGAGAGUGCCAGAAGUCGCGUUAGGGAAUUGAUACCGUUAAUAUUUGGAUUCGAAUUGCCAAUCAUGUCCCAAAACUUCGAUUCGAACUGUCCUUAUGUAAUGAAAAUUCAAGAUCAGUAUAAGGUACAAGUUAUCUUUAAGACCAGGCCGAAGUUGCAUGCGAGUUUGGUUCUGGUCAAAGGCGUCGAGUGGGAAGUGGACCAAGUCAAGCAGGCGACACUGUUGCUGAUGGAUUUCAUGUGUGAAAAGCUAGCGAGUCAAACUCCCGUCCAGAUGUCAAUGGAAAUCUCACCGCAUCACCAUCAGACGGUUCUGGGAAAGAACCAUUCCAACCUGAAGGCGAUAAUGCAAUUCACCAACUGUCAGAUCAUGUUUCCGGACGCGCACGAUCCGAACAUCCCCAGUUUGAAGAAGAGCAACGUGAGCAUAUCGGGAAACAUCCAUCAGGUGUACCAGGCCAGGCAGCUGUUGAUGGGAAGUCUGCCGCUGUUGAUCAUCUUCGACCUGCCCGAGGACACGACCAACCUGAGGAUCAAGCCGGAGCAGAUCACGGAAAUUCAGAAUCAGUGCGAGGUCGUCAUCAACAUCAGAGGGAAGGCCAAGCAGACCACGAAGGCUUGCGUGAUCAAAGGGAUCGAAAAACACGUCUUGAACAUCUACAAGGCCAGGAACCUGAUACUGGGCAUCGACGAACCACCAAUCAAGGCGGACAUACCAUCGUCCUACCACCUGCCCUCUUCGUCCAGCCAGACGCAGUUUCCCUCCGGCAGCGACCUCCUUCCGACGCCGACUUCGAUGAACCACUCGCCGAUAUCGCCCCUGCUCAGCCCCCUGGUCACCCCCACGUGGCAGUACCCGAACAUGCCUGGCACCCCCAACGCCUCCUUCGUGGGCAUGACGCAGCAGCCGCAGUUCUACUACAACAUGAUGCAGCAGUCGAUGGGAAGCAGCGGUUACAGCUCGAUGCUGACCCAGUCGAUGCACGACCAGUCGGCGCCCUCUAGGGACAACCAGAACUACUCGGGUUCGAGCCUGCUCUCGAACUCCUUCCACAGCCCCUCGGCCAAGCAGCCGUCGUCGCCGACUGCCUUCAGGGGAGACUGUCUGCCUUCGAACAAGUCGGGUAUCUCAUCGGUACAUUCCGAUUUGAGUGAAAACUACCAUUGCAGCCCCGAAAAGAAGCAGAGCUGGGACUAUUCCCUAACUUCCGAUUACGAAAACAAGAGAAUUGCAGCUCUGCGUGCCAUGCAACAGAAACCUUCUCCUGGAAUGGUUAGGACACCUACGAACACAUGGUCGGGGUAUGGAGUCAGCCAUACGAGUCCAGCAGGUUUCUUGUCGGCUGAGAAGGCUAGGAUGAAGAAGGAGGAAGAAAUAUGGAAAAGUUCAGCGAAAUACGACAGCUAUUCCGACAACUUCAACAUGCCUUCAACCUCUGGUGCGAACCUGAACACUUCGAACAUCUUGGACCACACUCCCGCCCGUCUUGUGAGCCGGGUCACCUCUUCGAACUGGACCGACGUAGCCUCAAUUCUGACUUCCAUUGGUCUAGACGACAGAUACGUGAACCUGUUGGACAGUCACGAGAUCGAUUUGACCACUUUUGCGACCCUGAACGACGAGGACUUGGCGAAGAUUGGCGUCAGGGCAUUCGGGGCAAGGAAGAAGAUGCUUUUGGCAAUUGCUGAACUUAAUAAGAGAUCAUGUCCAUUUUCCGCUGCUCCUGGUGCAGAACGAAAAAGCUCCUCAAUUUCUCCAGUUAGCCCACGAGAAAAUAAUUGGUAACGAAAGACCUGCUCGAUUCGAACAUUUAUUAUUUGCGUAUAGAACAUUUGUUUCCAAAAUAUUGUACUUUUUUAAUACUGCGUAUAUGCGCCCGUUUGUUUUUCUCGACUGUCGUGUCUUAUUUAUUAUAUUAUCCGUGUUUAUUUUUUCUAAAUAUAUAUAUAUCCCAUUUUUAUUCAUGUGAAAAGCAUUGCAGCACUCCGUUCAGAAAAAAAUUGCUCCUAAAAUCGAACUUAA